AUGACAACAAGAACGAAUCGGUUUUGUUUGUCGAAAAGAAAAUUGUCUACUCGUGUACGCGCAAUAAAUAGUGAUACCCAUAUUUUUGAUGUUAUUGUGUAUAUAAUAUAAAUUGUCAAAAUUGUGUAAAGCUUACAUUUGCAGGAUCAGUGUAACUACUAUCUUACUAAAACAGUUUAUUGCUGCACUCCGUGUAAGUUUAAUCCGUAAAAACGGCUUCAGAAAAACUAAACACCACUGACCAGCCGAACUACAAUACAAUGUAUCAAAAUCAAGGCUACCCACAAGGUGGGUAUCCCCCACCGGGCGGAUACCCGCAAGGGGGCUACCCACAAGGGGGUUACCCCCCGCAAGGAGGCUAUCCGCCACCGGGGGGCUACCCCCAAGGUGGCUACCCACAACCCGGUUACCCCUCUGCUCCCCAACCUGGAUAUGGAGGCUACGGUGAACAACCAGGAUACGGCGGGCCGUCGGACGCCGUCGGCGAGGAUGGGGAAGUCAAGGGUUUCGAUUUCACCGAGCAGACUAUCAGAAGGGCUUUUGUUCGAAAAGUGUACUCGAUCCUGAUGUGUCAACUGCUAGUCACAAUGGCUUUUAUAUCGCUGUUUCUAUUCCAUCAUCCCACCAAAGUGUGGGUGCACAAUAAUCCCGGCAUGUUUUGGGUGGCAUUCGCGGUGACCUUCGUGACACUGAUCGUGAUGGCGUGCUGCGGCGACGUGCGCCGGAAGGCUCCCAUGAACUUCAUAUUCCUCGGCAUAUUCACGCUCGCGCAGAGUUUCCUGCUAGGUGUCGCCUCGAGCGUCUACGACGUUGAUGCUGUGUUGAUGGCAGUAGGUAUAACGGCAGCGGUAUGCCUCGCCCUCACGCUGUUCGCGCUGCAGACCAAGUGGGACUUCACAGUGAUGGGCGGCGUGUUGCUGUGUGCCACUGUCGUGCUGCUCAUCUUUGGUCUAAUCGCCAUAUUCAUCCCUCGCAACAACAUAGUAACGCUGGUGUACGCGUCGUUGGGCGCUCUGCUGUUCUCCUUCUACCUGAUCUACGACACCCAACUGAUGAUGGGAGGCAAGCACAAGUACAGCAUCUCCCCCGAGGAAUAUAUCUUCGCAUCGCUCAACCUGUACCUGGAUAUAGUCAACAUCUUCCUGUACAUUUUGACCAUCAUUGGUGCCUCCAGAAACUAGGAUUCGGUGUAAGGGCAUCGGUCGUGUUCUGGAUUUAGUGCAGCUUUAUUUAAUUAACAUUCUGUUUUGUUGGACCCAUUUUUGUAUUGCAUUUAUGUGUUGAUUUGAAUAUAACCUCUUUAUUCGUAAAAGCGUAAAAUAAA